AAAAAAUCAUCGUUUUUGCCCAGGCUGCUAAAAAACAGGGCAACCGUGCAUAGUCACGAUCGUGUGGGGGUAAGCGGCACGCCACCUAAGCUGCCAACAACGGCUCGCAGGUUUUAAGCGCGAACCGACGGCGUGUGCCGGCAAACAACUCUGAUCGGCAUCGGGCUGCAUCGAGGCCGCGACAAUGUCGGACGACGCCAAGGGCCGCUACGCCGAUAAAGAAACGCCGCCCGAGCAGGCAGAAGAGGAGGGUCCCCCGGAAGAGUACCGCGUCCUCUUCGCGGCCGCCGAGUACGGCCGCGCGGACAUCGUCGCGUCCGCGGCCGCCGCGCUGAAAGAAAAACUCGCGCCGGGCGAGGACCUGGCCGAAGCCUUGGGCGCGGCGCGGAACGACGACGACGCGUCGCUCCUCGAAAAGGCCUGCAGUAGCAACAAGGUCGACGCCGUGCGGGCCUUGCUCAGAGUCGGCGCCAUACCUGCCGCAUCAACUCCCGUAGCGUGGCUCGAGGAGGGCUCGGCCUGUAGAGCUGCGGCGCACGCCGAGCUCAUGCAGCAGGUCGCGUUAGGAGAUGCUGGAAGGGUGACCAAGCUCUUGAGGCUGCUCGGUCCCAUCCCGCGCCUCUCCGACGCGGCGACGUUUGGGGGAGACUCGCCUCUACACUGGGCGGCGUCCUUCGGCCAGGAAACGGCCCUGGAAGCCUUAUUGGCGGCCGGCGCCGACGCCAACGCCGGGAACGACGACGGCGUUACACCCUUGCAUGAAGCCGCGCGCGCCGGUCAUGUUGAUUGCGUCUCCCUACUGUUAAAGGGCGGCGCCGACGCCGCCCUGCGCAUUUCGGACGGCCCCGACGCCGGGAAGCUGCCGGCCGACCUCGCGAAGGGCGACAUGCCCGAGCUCGCCGUCGCCGCACCCGCACAGCAGGUCAAGACGAUCACGACAGCGACUGCGUUUCACGGGCGCGGAGUGCGGCUCGCGCGUCUCGCAGCGCGACCUCAAAAUCCGCGACGAGCGGGUGCGCGCCGAGCACGCAUCGCGCGAUCCGGUCCGCGUCUUCGAGCGUCUUCACGGCCUCGCGGAGGUCGUCGAGCGUCCCUGCUCGUUUGACACCAGGAUACAUGUUAUGUGUAGUAGAAGUAAUAGAAGUAGAUAGUAAGAGAAGAC